UAAAAAUCGUGUGUCGUUUGCAUCUUUAUUCUUCAUAUUUGAUUGUGGUUUAUUUGAUGUGCUGCUGAUUUUGUGUGCUUGGUUAAUCAAUUGUGGUAAAUUGGGUCAAGUGUUUGGUUGGUUGUCUUGAAGUUGAUCCUUGUAGGUGUCGUAUCCUACUUGUUGCUUCUCCCCCAACACUUCAUUCUUUGUGCCAUACUCAAGAACAUGCUUGAAUAUUCUUACUUCUUCUCACCAAGUAAGUGCUCCAGUCCUCCUAGUCUUUUAUUUUUCAUCUUCCCUUUUUUGACCGGCAAUCAUAAUGUCUUCUGAUAGCCAAAACAUCUCUGGCCAAUCCUAUGGAUCUGGCUCUCAGCCCUCUUCCUCUUCCCACUCUGAAUCUUCCUCUCCCCCUGUCACUCCUUUGAUUCGCCGCCCCUCUCACCAGUCUAGCUCCCAGGCCCGGGAAAGAGUUGCCCAGGAGCCUGUUCCUUUAAACCAACUGCCCGGUCGAUUCAAUCCCAAGGUCCUCAGCUGGGAGCAAUGGGAAGAACGACUGGGAUCUUUGGGCUUCCUAGCCCUUGAUGUUAGACCGGUAUUCAAAGAGUCCUCUAGGGUUACCAAAAAGGUCCUGGCCGAGGCCGGGGUCAUUUCAGAGGAGAUUGGCCAAACAUUAAAGGAGAAAGACCAGGUCUCCCAACUCACCCUCCUCCUUGAUUCUGCUAAGUUAGAGAUCAAUGACCGGGCAGAAAGGGAGAGGAGACUUGAGGAAGAGUUGAAGGAAGAAAGGGCCCGGUUUGCUCUUCUGGAGGAGGAAAAGAAGAGAAAGAUCGCCGAGCUCGAGGAUGCGCUGGGCCAGGCUGAAGAAUCUGCCCGGGCAAAGGAGGAGGCCUUUCCUUCUGAAGCUGCUGACUGGGCUGCGCGCCAUCACACGGAGGUUGCCCGGUCCCUUCUCACUGCCCCGGAGGAAACCAUGGACUUUUUCAAAGUCAUGUAUCAAGAGCCGGAGGGGAAGAGGAUGAUAACGGAGAUAGGGUCUUAUGGAUUGCAGUGUGGUCAGAAAGAUGAGAGGUCUCUUCUUUAUGCCAGACUUCUGAAGAGGGAUCCUUCUUUUGACCCGACCAAAAUGAAGCUUCCAGCCCUCUACGAAGAAGAGCCGGCUCCCCCCUUUCCCCUAGAAUAGGCGAGUCCUGAAUUUUGAGCAAAUAGUGAGAGGUCGAGCAAGAAUCGGAACACAUUAGCAAAGGCAAUAAUAUGGUGUCCGUUGUUCUGUGACCGAGCACAUGAAGAAGAUGGAGAAGCUCAUUAUAAAGCAACAGAGCAUCCGGAUCUGGGUCCAAUU